AUGGCUUCGGCACGUCACACGCUGCUGCCGCUGCUCCUCGCGGCCGCGACGACGAUGGCGACGCUCGCCGUCUGCGGCAGCGCCACGGCGUCGGAGGAGCUGAUGAUGUCGACCAUCCACGCGCGCGUGGCGGCGGAGUGGGCGUGGUCGGCGGCCGGGGCGUCGUCGUCGUCCGACGACUCGUGCUGGUGCUCGCCCGAGGAGUGCCCCGUCGUGGACGACGUGGACGCCGAAGGCGGCGCCGCCACACCGAGGGGCCGGAUGCGGCUGCAGCUGUACGACGACGUGAACACCGUGGCCAGCCUGCUGCCGACGGCGCAGUACCUCAGCUACAGCGCGCUGAUGCCGGACUCGGUGCCGUGCUCCGUGCCCGGGAUGUCCUACUACAACUGCCAGCCGGGCGCCGACGCCAACCCCUAUACACGCGGCUGCUCCGCCAUCACCCAAUGCCGCGACUAG